CCUUUUGUUGUCAUUGGAAAGUGUGUAUGCUCCUGCACACCAGCUGGCUCUGGAUAUGCUCAAGAGAUUAAACACAGCCAAUGAAGAGAUCAUUGAAGUAUUGCUGUCAAAACACCAGUUGUUGUCUGCCUUAAGGUUUAUCCGCAGUGUGGGUGUGGUGGACACGGUGUCAGCAAGGAAGUUCCUAGAGGCAGCCAAGCAAACAGGGGACAGCAUGCUGUUCUACACAGUAUACAAGUUCUUUGAACAGAGGAACAUCAGAAUGAGACAGGUCUCCAAGUUUGCUCCAGGUGAGCAUUGUGAGCUCUAUGUCAAAUAUUUUGAAGGACUUUUUGGAGCAGAUGCCUUAAUGCCUUCUGUGCCCUCCUGACUAGUGCAGGAAUUAAAGCACCUGCAGGAGCUGGAAAAACGACUGGAUUUAUUUUAAAGAGCAACUGUUACCUAUUUAUUUGUGGCAGAAGUGACAACUGUAAUGUAGAGAAGCUAAACAGAGAAGUCAUGUUUCUGGUUAUAACUUUUAGAAUAAUUUUGCUCAAAAUUAAAGACAUUAAUAGGAAUUAAAGACUUUUUGUGGCAGGAGCUUGAAAUAACAAAUUUGAAGAAAACAAUACACAUUUUGGCAAAAAGAAACUGACAGCGAUCAAGAUUCUGUGAAUAUGCAAUGGAAUUGUUACUACUCCCUUUGGUAUUAAUAAUUUUUGUUCAUGGAAGAUUCUAUCAAAGCUUCCAGUGAGACGGACCUAUUCAAUGAAUAUGAAGUCUCAAUUAUUUAAGUGGCAGACAGCCUGACCACAAGAAUAAAUACUGAUAUGAAAAUUUAAUAAUAGCUAGUACCAGUGCAAAGUCGUGAAGGAAAAAAAUCAAUUCCCCUUCGGCAAUGUUGUGCUGGAAAUUCAUUGCAAGAUUAUAAUACUGUAGUGAUUGUUUGGUGGAAUCACUAUCAGAUUGUAAAUAUAGACAUAGGAUUGGCUGCAGGAGUUAUACUCCCACUAAUGAUUGUAAUUCAUACAGCAGCAAUAUUACUAUAUUUGUAGAGGCUGGUAUGCAUCUUUGAAUAAUUUGGUAUUAAAAAGGUUAUUCUCUAAAGUUUUUCAAAAGCAAGAUUUUGAUUGGUAAGUUUACAUUUUUGAAAAAGUAAAACAUGUUCAUGGUGGUAAAAUUUGCAAAUUCCUUCCACAAAACCAUUUAAGAGAAAAUCUGUUUGUUAAAUUCUCUUUAGUGAUUUAUAUGGGAUCAAUAUCUGAACCAUUGUGAAUAUUUUAUUCUGUAAAUGGACUUGAGAUAAUAAAAGCAAUGUCCAGUUUUAAGAUGGGAUUAUUAUUUUGCAUUUCCAAUAAUGAGAAUAUUUCAAAACCAAAAUUUUAUCCAACCUUAUAUUUCAAUUUGACAAGUGAAAUAUUUUAAUACUACUGUAAUUUAUAUAAUAGGGUUUCUUUUUUGUCAUACAGACACACAACCAAUAUACAAAA